AUGAAUAUAUAUCACGUUAAAAUGUUAAUAUUUAUGUUUUUAAUAAAUGCUUUAGUAUUACCACAUUAUGAAAAUUGUCAAAAUGACCAUUAUAAUAAAAGCCUCUUACAAAAGAACACACAAAGAACAACGAUAAAAUCAAGACUCUUAGCACAAACCCAAAACCAUAAUCCGCAUUAUCAUAAUGACCCAGAACUAAAAGAAAUGAUUGACAAAAUGAACGAGGAAGCAAUAAAAAAAUACCAAAAAACUCAUGAUCCAUAUAAACAAUUAAAAGAAGUAGUAGAAAAAAACGUAACAAAACAUGUAAGUGGACAUGUUGCAGAACCUAUGUCAACGACAGAAAAAGAUUUAUUGGAAACAUAUGAAGAAAUGUUUGGUCACAAAAAUGAUAUUAUGUUAAAAUCGGGUAUGUACCCAAAUGAUGAUAACGGAUCAGAUAAGUCAUCAACAUGUGAAUAUACCGAUACUAAUAAUACGAAACUAGAAAAAACAAAAGGAAAAGAUAAGUAUUUAAAACACUUAAAACACAGAUGCAUAGGUGGAAUAUGUUCUUGUUCAGUAGGUAGUUUUCUCUUAACAAUGUCAGGUUUGUAUUUUGCUAAAGCUGCUGUCCUUAAAUAUAUUGCUUCCGUUGGACCACCUUAUAAUGCAUGCGCAUCCACUAUCAAUAUAUAUAAUAUGAUUGCAGGUGGUUCAGCUUGUGUUAGUGAUAUAACCGGAACUGCUGCAAGUGCUGCUACUGCAAUUUUUGAACCUUGUGGUAUUGCAGCUUUGGUUCUGCUUAUAUUAGCUGUUGUACUUAUAAUAUUAUAUAUAUGGUUAUAUAGAAGAAGAAAAAAUUCAUGGAAACAUGAAUGCAAGAAACAUUUAUGUAAGUAA